AUGUACGAAUAUUGUGUACUUCUUUAUUGUAUUUUUGCUAAUGAGAACUGUCGGAAUUGUGAUGAACGAAGCGGUGGUUGUAGAUCAUGUACAUCUGGCUGGUUUGGUUAUCUCUGUCAUCAACAAUGUAACUGUAACGAUGGAGGAUGUAGACAGGAAGAUGGUUAUUGUGUUAAUGGUUGUAAAGUAGGAUGGUAUGGUACCAACUGUCAACAACAAUGUUCUAAUAACUGUAACAAUGGAGGUUGUAGACAGGUAAAUGGUUAUUGUAUUAACGGUUGUAAAGUAGGAUGGUAUGGAACAAACUGUAAUGAUUGUGUUAGUGGUAGAUAUGGUACUAACUGUCAACAACAAUGUUCUAAUAACUGUAACGAUGGCGGAUGUAGACAGGUAGAUGGUUAUUGUACUAAUGGUUGUAAAGUAGGAUGGUAUGGUUCAAACUGCCAAGAACAGUGUUCUAAUAACUGUAACAAUGGAGGAUGUAGACAGGUAGAUGGUUAUUGUAAUAAUGGUUGUAAAGUAGGAUGGUAUGGAGAUAAAUGUGAUACAUCAUGUAAUCAACAGUGCUCUGGUGGUUGUAAUAGAACAGGUGUUUGUAAUGGUUGUAUUGAUGGUAGAUAUGGUAUCAACUGUCAACAACAAUGUUCUAAUAACUGUAACAAUGGAGGAUGUAGACAGGUAGAUGGUUACUGUACUAAUGGUUGUAAAGUAGAAUGGUAUGGAGGUACAUGUGACACAUCUUGUUUAGUUGAUCAGUGUACAGGUGGUUGUAACAGGAAUACAGGACAAUGUUCUAGAUGUACACAGGGUUACUAUGGUCCAAAUUGUCAAGAACAGUGUUCUAAUAACUGUAAUAGUGGGGGAUGUAGACAGGUAGAUGGUUAUUGUAAUAAUGGUUGUAAAAUAGGAUGGUAUGGAGAUAAAUGUGAUACAUCUUGUAAUCAACAGUGUUCUGGUGGUUGUAGUAGAACAACAGGUGUUUGUAACGAUUGUAUUAACGGUAGAUACGGUACAAACUGUCGACAACAAUGUUCUAGUAACUGUAACGAUGGAGGAUGUAGACAGGUAGAUGGCUAUUGUAAUAAUGGUUGUAAAGUAGGAUGGUAUGGAGAUAAAUGUGAUACAUCAUGUAAUCAACAGUGUUCUGGUGGUUGUAAUAAAACAACGGGUGUUUGUAAUAAUUGUGUUUUUGGUAGAUAUGGUACAAACUGUCAAUCAGCAUGUACAGUUACUAACUGUAUCAGUAACUGUAACAGAAAUACAGGACAAUGUGACACAUGUAUCCUAAAAUGGUACGGUACAAACUGUGAAAAUUAUUUGUUCUAG